AUGGAUCUUCUCUAUGAUAUUGAACACCUCAACGACACUUUACAUCAGGUGCUGGCUCAUAUCAGUCCGCUGAGAUGCCAACAAGUCUGCUGGCACAGCUUUUUGUUGGUUCGAUCAGGAUCCACCGACUACAGAGCCGAUGCGCCACAAGAAUGCCGUGAUAUUGAAUCGACUACUUCGGUUACCUAUUUAAGACACAUGAAACAGUAUGCGGUCGAAAAACACUCUUCUGGUUCUGAACUCGUUGUGGAAACGGAACUUAACGAGAAAACCGAGGAAGGAUUCGUUACUCUGUCCGCGCUGAAUUUGGCAAAAAAUGACACCAAACCUAAAACGAAAACAUUCAGCACAUCAUCCUCGAAUGGCACAUUUCAUCUUCCACUCUCGCCAGACGCUGUCUACGCCGCUCAGUACCAAUACACAAAGGUCAAGCCAUUCCAUUUUACCAUGAAGGAGCAUUUCCUCAUUGAAACGGCCUCCUUUUUUUACUGGCACUUCACUCCUGCUGCCGAAACACCUGACUGCCCAGUCAUUCUAGAGUUCUUGCUAUCGACUAAACAUCACGAAAAAUGUAUUUUCGUAAAACCUAACUCGAACGAAGCCAACAUCAUCGAGACCACGAAAUGUUCUCUUUCGAAGCGAGAUAACGCGACGAAAAAGAUCAUAUUCCCGUUCAUCGACUUGCUCUGCCAU